ACGUGACGAGAGACGUGAGACGAGAGAGACGAGGUGGCGAGGUGAGGAGGUGAGCGCUCUGUAGCCGCAGCGGUCGUCGCUGCUGCCGCCGCCGCCGCCGCCGUAGCUCUCAUUUUCACGGCGGCGUCGCGACGCUGCCGGCGGUCCGCGCCGUGUUUUUAUUUGUCCUCCCGGAGUCACGAGCGAACACGCGUCGUGCUGUAUGUAGUGCCGGCGCCGGUCCCCUUGUUAUUUCGACCACGGGCGAACCGCGCGCGGCUCGGCGCGCAGGGUUGCACUUUGCGGUGAAGUAACGCGCGCACCAAGCAUUAUCGCAAACGGGCUAUGCGGCUGGGAGAGGUCGCGCGGCUCGGCCGCCAGGUGGCGGUAGCCUGAAAACAGUAGGACGGCGUACACCCUGCAACGGGACCGUCUUUUUCACGGGGAUUGUCGUCCGCGUUUUCUCGCGAUCACCACGUACCUACGGCAGAAUUUUCGGCCCCCGAGGAGCCCAAUGUGGGUGGAAGUGAGAUGGCAUCCAGGGAAAAGAAACCCUUAGCGCCUUCCAAACCAAAACAGAAGGCGAGUAGUGACUCUGGCUUGCCAUCCAAUGAGGUCAAGAAUAAAAAAGGCAAAUCUUUGCCAAGUAUAAAGCAGCAGCAACUUGCGCGAGAGAUUUUUGAUACAGUAGCAACAGGUAAUCAGCUUUCUGCUAAACUAGAAGCUAGCUUGCCACGCAGGAAGGCUCUGAAAAAUCUGAAGCGCAAACAAAACUUAAGAGUAGCCAAGGCAAAUCUUAUAAAGUCCAAGGUUACCAAGAAAGUGACAAAUAAGAAUAUACGCGGGAUACCUUCUGAGGUCAAGAAGGGUGUGAAAGCAAAGAAAGUUAAGCCGUGUGAGGAGUUAACUGUUAAAUCAAUUGGUAUCUCUCUGAGGCUUUCGGAGAAUCAGACAAGCAGCGGAGACAACGAAGGCAAAGGAACUGAAACACCAAGUAAAAGUGCCAAGAACAAUCUCAGGACCAAGAAGACCAAAUCUACAUCUUUGAGAAGCAUAGGGGAAUCAGGAAACGAAGACGUACAGGAUACAGAGGAGGCUAGUGUCACAUCCAGCACAAAGAGCAGCCCUAAGCUUGGAAAGAAGAGAGCAAUAGAAAACGCUGAUCUUUUGUCUAAGAGUGCCAAAACAGCAAAGUCAGCGAACUUGAAGAAGAAUAGUGUGAAGGACAUUGUAAAAGUUACAGAGGGUGAUAACAAAAGUGCUAAGGGUAAAAAGAACACUGGCAAGGAAUUAGAUUGUGGUAGUAGUUUAAAAAGCAAUACUAGCAUUGAGAAAAUUUCAAAAAUCGUUUUGGAUAAUAAGAGUUCUAUUGAUCUUACUAUAGACGCAGUUAUUGCUUCAAUGUUGAGUGAUUCUGAGACUGACAGUCAACAAAGCGUUACAGAAAAGAUUGAGGGAAAGAUAACGAGAAGUAAGAAAAUGUUGGUAGACGAAAAUAUUGCCGCCGACAUUGAGGUAAAGAAGGAGCCUGAUACCGAAGACACGAAAGUUACAUCAGAUGGGGAAUGUAUAGAGCCGGAUCAAGGACUCCACCCCCAGAAUGCGAUCCAGUUGAGGAAGAGGUCGAAGUUACCGGUCAGUCAUCCCAUUGACCAAGUAUUUCAAAGUAGCCUGCGAAAUGGGAAGCAACGUCAUCUAUCAGAUUCGGGGAAUUCCACUUCGGACAUCGAUCCCAGAAGACGUAGACUAAAUUCGGACGGGCCUCCUACUUCGGAUAAUUCGAUAGAACAUAUCUCAGAAUGCAAUGUAAAUAUGGACACUUGCUUAUCAGAUCCUAGCUGUAACGAAUCUCAGACCACCGUAGCACCAACCAAGGAGGAUAUUUGUUCGCUGAAGGAUGAAGCGUCCAGGAAUUUUGACGCCGAGGAUGCCGAGAUCGGGUCGGAAAUAGAGAACAACAAUAAUAGCGAUCGUGUGGACAGAACGGGCGAGAUAGGACCAACAUUACGCUCGAAAACUAAAACAAAAAGCACGGAGAAUGAAGCGACGAAGGACGAUAAUACUAAGGUGGAAGACACGUGGAUGUCAUCUAAAUGUGUAGACACGCAGGAGGAUUCGAAGAAACUUAAUAAUUUAGAUCAAGCUAGAAAAGACAGUAUUUUAGUAAAGCUCGGAGAUAAACCUAAAGGCCGUAGAAAUAGCUUAAACAUAGAUAUGAAGAAAACCGUUAACUCUUUUUACAAUGCAGACAAAUCGGACACUACUCCAAAGGCGCCGAUAGACAAAAUUAUAGAAGGCAUUAAAUUGACUAUUGUGAAAUCCAUCGAAGACAAGAUUUAUCGUCCCGGAUUGAGCAAAAGCUUCGACAUGCCCAAGAGCGAGGAAGUUAUUGCGCCACUCAGCACGGAGUCCCAGAAAAUGGGCUUGGAGGAGAACACCGACGAGGAAAAGUCCAUCGUUACGGAAAAUGAAAGCACAUCGGAAAGCUCGGAAAAUUCAGUACCAAAAGUGGCCGAUACUGCCAAAGAGAUUGAGAAACUAGUCAUGUUUGAUAUUGAGGAAGCAGAGACACAUUCGCAAAACACUCAAGAGAAUAAAGCCUCCGGUAGCGACAGGAUUAACGAUGUACAUAAUACCUGCGAGUCUACGUGUAAUAUAAGUAGUAAUAAUGGUACAUCUUGCGACAGCGUGGACAAGUCCGAGGCGGGAAACACCGGUUGCAGUGCGGCCAACGAUACAUCGGCCAACGUCAGUGGUAAUGAUUCCAAAUUACUGGACGAAAAUAAGAAGGCCGUUACUACACGCAAAUCCCCGAGGAUCAGUGAUAAAAGCUCAGACAGCAUCGGUAGUCCCGAGACGAGGAAAUCAAACAGAACACCAAACAAGGUAGCCUCAAGAUCGGACAAUGUGGACGCGGACGCACAGAAAUCUCCGAUUUCCAACGAGGACACAGCCCCCCCUGCUUGUGACAUAGCGAAAGAGGACACGGUAUCUCGUCAGCAUUCGGAUGAUAAUACCGUAUCGCCUUCGGCGAUACCUGCAUUGACAUCUCUCGAGCGAACAGAGGAGAGACUCGCGGAGGGUCGUACGCAAACGAGAAAUGCGGAUGAGUCUGAGACCGAGAUCUCUCUGAACAUUUCCGGCGGCUCGGAGGAUUCGGAAACGCUGGAGAGUAUAUCGCGCGAGGUGGAGAGACUAGUAGCGGGAGAUCAGGCUGCCAAAUUGUCAUCGAGUCCGCCUCCUGCGGACGAUGCAACUCUAAGAGACGAAGAGACGAAGACUACCGAUAUGAAGAUGGACGAGGAGCGCGAGAUUCAAAGUGUGAGUAAACACGAAGCGUCCGCUCGUUGCGACGACAAUUCCGCGUCGUCGGCCGACGUCGCGAAUGAAGAAGCGCCGAGCAAGAGCCGUGCAGUCUCCGCAGGGAAAACUGUCCUCGACGCAACGGAAACAUCGCAGGAGAAUGAUGCUGCCUGCGAGACGGUGCGAGGCGCGAAGCAUCAUAAGACUAGCAAUAAUCACUCAUCAACCACCACGAACUGUGAUUCAAAUAGUGAAUGUAGCUCUGUAAAUCCUGUGCCUACACACACGUGCACUUCCGAUCGGCAGAACGACGAGACCGAGGAGGAUGGUAAGUCCGAUCAAGAUAGCGGUAACUGCAAAGAAUCCAAUGAUCAGCCCAGUGAUGGCACACCCGUGAAUUGUGAUACGCCGAAAAAUGCGGACGAGAGCGCUUCGAAUCAAAAGACAGGAUACAACGAGACAGCCGCCCUGACGGCGGACGAGAGCAAUAAGUCGUCCGACGACAAAGCUUCCAACGACGAGCAGAAGCCAGCCAACGAGGAAAACAGGAGGGUGUUGCGGGCUCGCGACAAGCAGAAGAAAGUUGAGAACAGACAAGGGAGUCGUAGCCGCGAACAUGUGGACAACAACGUGAAGGUCAAGACAGAGAUCCCAAACUCGAACGUGGACAAAGUCGUCGACAACGACGAGGUGCAAGAUUCGACGGUGGACGAGACAAGCGUGCCUGAGAGUUCCCAGAAAGCGGAAGACACAAGCGACUCGCAGAACAAUAAUGAGGAGGUCGAUCCCCUCGAGCCACAGGCAGGUCGCACUCGUCGCAGCAGAGAUGGAAAGAGACGCAGGGAAGACCUGGCACCUUUGACGAGCGGUAGCUUAAAGGCGAAGCGUACGAAACGGGACCUGCGAAAAUCCGCAGACCAGCAGAACAAGGAGGAGACGUUGCUGGACAACGAGGUCGCCAAGAUCAACGAGAACAACAGGUCCUUCUUGAACAAGUACGGUGGUGGUGGUGGUGCCGGUGAACGCGGGGCGGACAGUUUCCACAGUUUCUUCGAGAAGAGUGCGCAAGGUGGGCUCGAUAAGCUCGAGAAGAGCUCGAACUUGCGCAGCAAAUCGGAGAACGAUCUAACGAUCGCCGUCGACGAGGUUGGCAAGAGCGAAGAGCGACUCUCGCGUAAUCUGUCCGAGAAUCACGUGUCGAAGCGGGAUGACGAUGUGGACCUUCUGGCGGAUGCAUGCAAGACUCUCAAGACACCGGAGGCGAGCGCGCAAAAGGACUCCGACGAGGCCUCCACGUCCGGCGAGUCGUCGAAUAGCGGCACGCCGAAGAUUCUGGAGACGCCCGAGGACAAAGCGAAGAAGGAGUCGAUUUUGCGCGUGUUGGGCCUGGAGUCCUUGGAGAAAGCCGCUGAACGACUGAAUCAUCAGAAGGCGCGAAAGGAGCAGUACACUGGUACACUGAAGACCAUCAUCAGAGUGCAAAAGGAGAAGGACAAGGACAAAAGGGGUUCGCGCUCGCCCUUGAAAAUGGUUCUCAAGCAGCAGGGACGCGGAGACGGAGAGGGGGACUCACCCGAGUUCUACACCAUUCAAAAGGAGUUUGGAACCAGUGGUUUGGGAGAUAGCAGCUCUGGUGCGAACCGAAAGUUCACUACUAACCACAGACACUCUUGCGAUGAAGAUAACGAGGAAGCUACGCCAAAGGACCGUCAGUCGCUUGUCAUUCCAGAGAAGUCCUCUUCCUUCUCUAUACACCCCGAGCGCUUGUGCGCGGACGUGUGUUGCUACUGCUUCGGCAAGUUCGGUUCUCUCGACACACCGAUGCAUCUGGCUCAGAUGAAAUCCGACGAGAGACGUAAAAAGAUCUUGAACAUAGAGAGACAUCUCACAAAAGACUCGUGCCUAUGUGACGCGUGUUACCGUCAUGUCGAUAGAAAGGCGAACACUAGCCCGACAAAUAUGCAGCAAAAACCACCGAAGCAGCAUAGGCAGCUGAUGGUGUUGAAGUGCUCAGCUCGCGAAUGCAGAGAUCCAGCGCGGCAUAACGUGAAACGCCGUUGGCUGCUCAAAAUAAAACUCGGGCUUCAAAAUCAGGUUGACAUAGACUGGGAAUCGAGUCAACACACUUCGAUGUCCUUCUGCGUCAAUCAUUAUGGCAAGAUUGAGCGCUUCUUGACUUGCGCGUUAUGCAAACGACGAUUAGUCCGUAAUCAUACUCAUCAGCUGGCCAGUGCGGAAAUCGAUGAACUAAAUCAGUUGGUCGCUCAAGAAGGAAUCCCCGUCAUAUUAGCAGCAGGGACGUUCGUCUGCAAACUAUGUCGUUACUUCACGCAGUUACAGCUAAAGUACAAAGACGUCGACAAUAUGAACACAAAUAGCAGGAGUUUCUUCAAGAGUUACCGAAAGAGGAUCCUACACUACCAUGAUAUUGAGGUUCCCGAGUUCGAGGAUGACGAUACGGUGCAGAGUCAGGCGAAGGACAAGGACAAGCGCAAGAAAUCCGCCAAGGGUGCGCAAUCCAAGAACGGUAGCUCCAAGUCGCCGGACCGUACGAUGAACUCGAUAUUAGAGAAAUCGACACCGGAGCUGAGCAAAAGCGAGGGCGGCGCGAACGGUUCGGAGAUGGACGCGGAGACUCGCGGCGCAAAGGCGGCAGGCGCGAAUGACGAGACCGUCACGGACGUUCAAUAUCUCGGCAUCGAGAGAGCCGUGGAAAACCUGAAGAAGCGCAAACUACUCGACCUGCAUGCGUCGUACACGACGACGGAGUCGCCGGUGUCCUCAUGCGGUGAUGUUUCAAACGACGUAGAGGAGAUCCUCGCGAUGGACAAAGAGGUCACCUUGACGCGACUGCCGAAACGAUCAAAGGUCAACAGCAGUAACAACAACAACAACAGCAAUAACAACAACAACAAUAACAACGACAUCGCGCCCGUGGUACAGAGACUCGGUGCGAAUCCUUCCAUAAGCGUGCGCACGCUUUUCCCAGGCGAGGAGGAGAUGAAUCUGCAUGCCAAGAUCGAAUUCGGCAAUGUGCGCGAGAUUACACCGCAGGGUUGGGAGAAAUGUGCUACCAUGAUCCAAUACGACCGCGAUACCAAGAUGCUCUGGCAAGAGUUGCAGAGACCGUACGGUAACCAGAGUUCCUUCCUCCGGCACUUGAUCUUGCUGGAAAAGUACUAUCGGUCCGGCGAUCUGAUAUUGGCGCCGAACGCUUCGCGGAACGCGAUCAAUUACUCCACGUCAGUGCAGAACAGAUUGAUAUCCUACGAGGGCCCGGAGAAGAUGGACGAGCCGAUAAUGGAGCCAUUCGGGGUCCCGUCGGAAUACACAAACUCGCGCCGCCUGAGCGGCGGUUAUAUACUGGAGAAGGACAACAGACUCCCGUCCUUGCCCAGUACGAGUUCCUCGAUGAAGCCGUCGACAUCGUCGUUGCACACGACGAAGGCAAGCUCAUCGCCCCCGCGGAUGCUCAAGCUCAACACAGGAGUGUCGAUCAUCAAGAAACCGCCGCCCAAUCUGCAGCGAGUUAGCAGCCUGCCGUCCACCAGCACGGCAAACGGCGGCGUGAAGCGGAAAGAGGUGCAGAGACCGUCGUCCGCCGCCUUCAGCGGCAAAGUGUUUCAAUAUAGCGAGGCGGACAUCAGGCGACUGCAGACGAUGAAGCGGCAGAAGCAGUUCAACGAGAGAUCGUCCGGCGUGCCAAGUGGAUCAUUGGUUAGUGUCUCGAGCUCGCCACCCGGUCUCAAGGGUUCCCUGCAGUAUCAGAAAGGCCAACACACCCAGCAGCACAACCAGCAGCACAGCCAGCAGUUCCAACAGCAUCUGCGAAUGCAACAGGAGAUGCUGAAUCGCCAAAGCCGCGGGGAUUUUGAGCCGCUCAUCUGCGAUAUGCGCACGAGCGGCACAGCGAACGAGAACAGCUCGACGCAUAAUCUCAUACAAAAUCUUAACCUGCCCAAGUCGAUUCAAGUCACGACCAAGCCAUCCAAUCCGAUCCCGAUUUUGCCGAAAAUUCCGAAAUCGCUGACGGUGAUACCGCAGACCGUCACGAGACCCGUUGACAAAUGAAAGAAUAAGUACGAAAGAUGUAAGUUGGCAUGCAGUUCUUGUUUUUCGUGUCUUGUGUUUGCGCGGCGAACGAACGAUCGAUCGUUAUGUACGUAAGAGCGCGACUUGCUACGCGUGCCGAUGUCGAUUGAGCUACGAGAGAAUCGCCGCCAAUGCGCGUGAUCAACGCUCUACAUGAUCAAUUUGCCUUACGUGAGCGCAUCGCGAUAUGCACUUACCGAGCCUGAAGCUCAACGUACACACGCAACACCCUCACACAUGUACGAGGUAUAAUUAAUUGUACGGAUACG